AAAGCUCCGAAUUCUAUGAUCUCUCUAAUGCUGUGUCUCAACAAGACAGCUGAGAAGCAGGUCAUUCUGGUUCUCAGGUGCUCUAUUACACUCAGAGAAAUGCGGCCCCACCUAAUUUUGUUUCUGCUGUGCAUUCCUGACCACCACAACACUGACACGUUUACAUUACCUGCGUUGUACAGUUUUCAGCAGACUAGUCUUAUUGCGCUCCAAGUAGGGGGAGAGUUUUUUUCAACAACUUCCUAAAUAUUACUGCUGAGCUGAAAAGGUUCAUCAUAUCAAGAAAUAAGUAUCAUACCUGUGGAGGAAAAAUGAUGAUCGCAGAAGAAAUUAUGUUCAUUUUGCUGUUGGCUAACUUGCAGUCAACCAGAAUGGCUGGUGUCAAUGUGCUAAGUAUCACACCCACUACAAGCAGCUUAAAUAACACAACCACAAGUUAUACUGUAUUUAUAAAUAAAUCAUCCAAUAAACCUGUAACUUCUGGAAGAACUCCUUCUGUAACUCUUACAUCACCAACAGGCACUGAUGACAACGCACCAAAAAAUAUGGCAAUGGAAAGUAGUACCCAAAGCAAUGUGACACCCCUUAAUACUUGGCUAUCUUCAACAGCACACCAGCUGAAUCUUACAACAAAAGAUUCAAAUCAGACUUCUGCAAGAAUCAAUGGAACAUCAUCUCCUUCGGAGAUGCCUACAGUCAGCAGUGGCCUGUCCACAACCUCUGAAAACUAUUCAGUCCCAACUUAUAUCAAUUCAACAGAGAAAGCAUUGAACAACUCCACCACAGUGAACUAUAAUGUCAGUUCUACCACCGUAGUCUUUUCUAAUGGAACUCAGAUUAAUGGUGUAACAGUUCAUCCUACCAGUAGCAUGCCAAAUACAUCAACCAUGUCAUCAGGUACUAAGAUCAACAGUGUUACAGAUUUACGGAUAAGUUUGCAAACCACAAGUCUGCACUCCGGUUUUACUGAUGGUUCUGCAGAAGCAAGAGAACCCCAAAAAGAAAACCGUAGUAACGGAGCUGUAGUGUUUGGUGCAAUAGUAGGAGCAGUUUUAGCGUCUGCAUUAAUCUCUCUGGUGGGGUAUUUCAUGUGUGGGAAGAGAAAAACUGACUCAUUUGCACAUCAGCGACUUUAUGAUGACAUGCGGAAUGACCCAGUUCUGCGACUAGACAACGUGCCUGAGCCUUACGGUGCAAGCUUUGGAAAUCUGUCAUACUACAGCCCUACAACAGUCAACGAGACGGCAGCCCAGAGCAGCAAAGAAUCUCCUUACGAUGCAAUUCAAAUGACCGACAUGUCCACAUCACAACCUUCAGCACAGUAGUGUGGAUAACUUGUGUCAAAACAAAACACCUCAUAUCCAUGGUUUCUUCUUCUUCUUGAGUUUAAAGAUCGGGUCAUAAUGGUUUAAAAAAUUUUUUUUGUGGCGCCAGCCCUCUGCCUGUUGAUAUGUACAGUUUUCAAUAAUCUAAGCGAGGCAAUGCUUGUUGGCCACGUUUACAGAUUUAUAUGCCCAAAAUUUCACUUUUGUGUGCAUUGUGUUUUGGAUGGUUCACAUAUCAGUGCCCUUUACUGAGUGGUCAAUUCCAGUGCUAAGACACAGGUCCAAACUGAGUCUAUGGCAAAGAAUUGUGCUUUAUACAAAGCAAUAAGAACAUUCUACCUACAUUUUUGGAUCUGUAGUAUGUCAGUGAUACAGAUACGGUACCAGUGCUAUUUUCUCACCAGUAAAUGACUGAACCAAUUCUCAGUUCAUGACUUUCUUCAUCUGUUUCAUUUGCAUUAUUUAACUUAAAUCUUAACUAUCUAACUCAAUUUGUUACCACCAGACACGAUAGGCACUAGCUCUGAAAAAGCUUAGACGACUUUGAAAAGAACACAAAGGAUAGCUCUUUAUGUAAUAGUUCACUGUGAUAGCAGAAUGCAUUUCCUGUGCCCACAGUCAGUAUGUUUAGACUGCCAGAUGCUGGACAUAAACAAGAGAAGAUGCCUGGCUUGUCAACUUCCAUGACCAUCUGCUUGGCUGCUGCUAGAAUGUUGGACUGGAUGGACUUUGGACUAUUUUAGCAAAUCAAUUAUGGCAUGCAUGUUAUUUUUACUCUAGGGGAAAUGCCACGAAUGAGGGGAAAGUGGGGGAGCCAAUUAUGUUCUACAAAUGCAAAAAGCACUUAAAUCAAGGAACUGCCAGAGGUAGGGGUGGGGAUUUUUUUGCCAAGGGGCCACAUUGCCUUUUCUGGGGUCUACAUGGCAAUGGUGGAUGGAGAAGCAAAGCUGGUGCUCCCCAUCUUGCCAAAAAGCAACAUUCUGGCUUCAAUUCAGAUUAGCACAUACAUUAUAGGAAUGCAUUCAGUUGCACAUGGAAAGAAAUGCAUUGUGCAAUAUGAAUGUGCAUUAGAAUGCAUAAUUUGUCAUGAAUUCAGCUGGAGAUCGGAAUGUAAAUUGUCCCCAUCUGCAUUGCAUUAGUUUCAUUGGGAUGCUCACAUCCCCGUCAUCAUUUUACCACAUCUUGUCAACAAAGCAUGACUGGCCUGGCCAAUGAACAAUCAGCCCAGAUGUCCGGGCAAAGGGGCUGUUUUUUCUCUUACUGCAACACCAAUCUGUUAUGUGCAGACUGUGGGAAUUGGAUGUCUCUGAUGGUUCCCCAACUGAGUACCCUAAGGAUAUACCUAUAUGAAUUUUAGAAAUAGCAUGCCCUGCACCCUGUAUGUAAAUAAACAAUGCAAAAGGGACUUUAAACAAAUCAACAGUAGCAGCAACUAUUCUACCAUGAGUCAGAGACUAAAUGUAGAAAGUGUAAGUAUUACAAAUCUGGUGGGGUUGUCUUUGUAUCCCACCUGGUUUUGGACUUCUGUGGAUUUAUGUUGGUUUACUGAGUUGCUCUAUAUCCAGCUUUGCCUAUAGAAUCAUUAUUGUGGCUUAUUUUUGAUGACAUUUUGAUGCUUUUGGAGAGUCACCCUUUCCCCUUCACCAACCCAGCAGCUGGGAUUGUGAUAAAUACAUAUUUGUAAACUAUGUCAAUAAAGCUAUUUUGUAACCUUUAAGCUCUUUGUCAUUGUGCACUAUAGGAUUAAAAUAGGAUGGAUCUCUUAGGAAAAUGAUGGAUUAAAGAACACAGAUAUUAAUAUGAGGUUGAAUUGCAUCUCUCAUGGAUGCUUUAGCUGAGAAUCCUGCAUUGCAGCGAGUGGAUUAGAUGAUCCUCAGAGUCCUUUCCAACUCUACAAUUCUAUGAUUCUAUACUCAUAGUAAACUCAUUGA